AUGGGCAUGAAUCUAAAGUCCCUUGUCGGCGCCAACACGUCCUGGCUUGACGUUACGCCCUCGUCGCAGGCGACGCCCGCCGACAUUGCCGAGGGCGAUGAAAGGGGAUGUCAGCGCGAUAUCAAAAAGUUUCUCAAAAAGGCGCCCAAGAAUCUGUCAAAGCACAUGGCGAGAGAGACGCACGUCGUCCGCAUCCCUGCUGCCGCCGACGAUGGAUACUUCCGUCUCGUGCUCUGCUCCGGCGGGGGCGGCGACGGCAGCAAGAGAAAGGUCCUCUGCCCGAGCCCCGUCUUCCGCGUCGCCAGCACUUCAACAGACGCGAGCGUCGUCCGCGGCGCAAGCCUGGCGACCAUGCCCCUCGAGAUGGGCAUCAAGGCUGGCUCGGUUGUCGCGACGACGGUCGUGAAUCGGUACAUUGGACCCGCCGCUGCCGUUGUGCAGUCCCGUGCGAAAAACAUCUCCAAGGCCAAGUUCGUCACGAAGCAUGCCACGAACAUCGCGUACGCCAAGUCGGGGAUCGAAAAGUCGGGGAUUAAGACUCAUGUCACCGCGUACGAGGACCAGUAUGCGGCUACCAGAGGGGCGGGAUACGAUGCGUGGCAGUCCGGUGAUGGGUUUCAAGAGGCACCUCCGGAGGUCAUUGGCUCUGACGACGGUCCUGCUGAGCCUUUUCCGAUCAAGUUUGACGGCAGGGUCGCGCGGGGUACUGGCAGAGGAGGGAUGGAGCUUGGUGUGCCCACGGCCAACUUGUCGGACGUGCCGGAGGACGUUAGGAUGCGCAUGCGAGGCGUCUACUUCGGCUGGGCAAGAGUCGUGCCCCGCAAGGGACUGGAAGCGAUAUCAACAGACUGGCACGAGAGCAUCAUCACCGUCGGGCCCGCACCCUAUGCCACUCCUCGCGUGGCAGCAAAGAACAUCGCGACAGUCCACCUGAUCCAUGAGUUCGGCGGCGCCCUUUUCCUCGACUCCAAGCUCAAGGUCUUCGUUAUGGGUCAGUUGCGGCCCUCUGCGCCCCGGGUGACCGGGUCCGACGCCGCGCUCGAGGCCUAUGGAACGGACGUGCUGCUUGCGGUGGCUAGUCUGAGCAGAGACAACUGGGGCCCUGUGGAGACGCGGGAAAGAAUGCGGACGAUGCGGAGCGAGAUGAGUCUCGCAGACCGGUACGUUGAGAUGAGAGAGCGGGUGCAGAAGCAGGUCGAUCGGGUGCCGUUGCAUUUGGCGGGGGUUAGGACCGAGGGGGCUGCGUUGAGGGAUCGGGCAUUCGGGAAUGGGGGUCUUUGGAUCCCGAGAUGA